GGUACGGUCCGGCCCUGCUCCUCGCUGUUUUUGUAUCCGCUGUAGAGCGGAUUCAACCGCCAAGUAAGUUACGCUCUGCUGUGGUUAGCCCAGGAAGUUACAGAGCAGUUUAUUUUCCUUUCUUUCCCCACAAACAGACAACUGGAGUUACUCGGAUAGAGAUACACGCAUGAUGUCAGAGUCAUAAGAUGUAGUGAGGGGACUCAGUGUCUUCCCCCCCCUCCUUCUCUCUUAAAGGGAAUUUGUUAAUCUUGCGAGAGAGACACCGUUAUCACUGUGGAGCUAACACGGUCAAGCCUCAUGUUUUCGUCAAGCCAGGAGGAACACUGCGCCCCGUCCAAAGACCCGGUGAAGUACGGGGAGCUGGUGGUGCUGGGGUACAAUGGCUCUCUGCCCAAUGGAGAUCGGGGUAGACGGAAAAGCAGAUUUGCGCUUUUGAAGAGGACCAAAGCCAACGGUGUUAAGCCAAGCACCGUGCACAUCCUCAACACACCCCAGGAUAGUAAGGCUGUGAACUGUAAAGGCCAACACAGCAUCUCCUACACGCUGUCCAGGCACCAGACUGUGGUGGUGGAGUACAGCCAUGAUAAAGACACAGACAUGUUUCAGAUUGGACGUUCCACGGAAAAUCCCAUAGAUUUUGUGGUUACUGACACCGUAGCGGGAGGCCAGGAUGGAGAGGAGACACAGAUCACCCAGAGCACCAUCUCUCGCUUUGCCUGCAGAGUCGUCUGCGAGCGCAACCCCCCUUACAUCGCUCGCAUCUAUGCAGCUGGAUUUGACUCCUCCAAAAACAUCUUCCUAGGGGAAAAAGCAGCAAAGUGGAAGAACCCUGAUGGCCACAUGGAUGGUCUGACGACCAAUGGGGUGCUUGUAAUGCACCCUAAAGGAGGCUUCAUGGAAGAGUCCAAACCCGGCGUCUGGCGAGAGAUCUCCGUUUGUGGAGAUGUCUACACUCUGAGAGAGACCCGCUCAGCGCAGACCCCAGGAAAACUGGUGGAGAAUGAGAGUAACGUACUCCAGGACGGCUCUCUGGUGGACCUGUGUGGGGCCACUCUGCUGUGGCGUACUGCAGAGGGUCUCUUUCACACUCCCACCCAGAAGCACCUGGAGGCCCUGAGGCAGGAAAUCAACGCGGCACGGCCCCAGUGCCCCGUGGGUCUCAACACGCUCGCCUUCCCCAGCAUGCAGCGCAGUCGGGCCCUCUCCUCUCUGGAGGACAAGCAGCCGUGGGUCUACCUGGCGUGCGGGCAUGUGCACGGCUACCACAACUGGGGCCAUCGCUCCGAGCGGGAGCCCAACACCCAGCGUGAAUGCCCCAUGUGCCGGGUGGUGGGACCCUACGUCCCGCUGUGGCUGGGCUGCGAGCCCGCCUUCUACGUGGACACGGGCGCGCCCACUCACGCCUUUGUGCCGUGUGGACAUGUGUGCUCGGAGAAGUCGGUCAAGUACUGGUCCGAGAUCCCUCUGCCCCACGGCACCCACGCGUUCCACGCCGCCUGCCCCUUCUGUGCCAUGCAGCUUGGCCCCUCUCAGGGUUGGUCCAAGCUGAUCUUCCAGGGCCCGGUGGACUGAUCUGAAGAUCCCUGCUGCCGGAACCUUCUGGGAAACUGAUCAGAUAAAACUCGUGCUUUAUUUGUGCAAACCAGCCUCGAAAUGGAAUGAGUUUGCUUGAGUUUUGGCCAUUUAUGUGGGUCCCGUUCAACAGGGAGCCAUUCCAGAUUGUUUACUAGCUUUUUGGACAGAGUGAGAAAGUGCUCUGUCCAGACAACCAGUUUUAUCCAAGGCUUCAUCGUCAGGGUGUUUUGCCACACUAUCAUCAGAUUGCUACAGCGAGUCUCUUAAACAAAUGACUUAUUUCUCCCACCAGGUGUCUUUGGGUCUGUUGGGAAAGGAAGCAGUUGUUUAGUUUCUGAUGGAACGGAGCUUUCACAGAGCCAGACAGCUGGACUGUUGGCUGGGAGAAAAGCCAAGAGGAACUUUGGGUUUAAUUGCUAAAUAGCCCAAAAAUAAAUAAAUAAAAAAUGCCUCCAAUCGUUUCUCUUGGCUGUAAACUCUUAAUGGCAUCCAAAUCACGUAACUCGCUAGAAGUGGCUUCACCGAACAAACUUUUGAGUUGUACAGAGAUGAAAUCCAGUGCCUGAGAUCCCGAUAAAGAAAGUGGGAAUAUUUUUAUUAGAAAUUGAAAAUAUAUAUAUUUUGUGGAAGGUAGAGAGAGAUGACAACCCACGUGGGCUUUACUACACUGAGGCUGUUGGAAUGUUUUGUAACCCAAAUGUUAAUAUAUUUUUCUCCUUCAUAUAUAUUGUGUGUGAGAAUGAAUGCAUGUGUGAUUAGGCGUGUGUGUGUAGGUUGGACUGUGUGGCCCUGCAUCAUUUCACCCCGACCGCUUCUUAUGAUCUCACAUGCCAACCCGAACCGCUAGCAAAGACGUCGCAGGAAUUAAAAGAAGGUCACCGGGUUUCAGAAUGAUGGUGUGGGAAUCCACCGAGUCCUUUCUGCUGGUGCUCUAAUUAUAUGACCUGCUUUCUCAGUUCAUGUCAGGCCCGCUCACAGUCAAAAGUGACAUUUUGGCUUUACAACUGACACCCACGUUGCUGAUCAGCUUUGCACUGCUGUUAGCUUUAUCCUGUACUGGGUCUGAUCCAAGGCUUUUAAACCCUGGCCACGUUCUCAGUAGCAUCGUGAGAUUAUAAUGCAAGAUGGAACGGCCGCCGUUUUGGUGAUCCAAAGUGUUUCUGUGAACCCAAACUCCUGCAAUGACUGACCACUGACAGGUUGGGAUUACAGCAAAGUCUGUUCUGUAUCUUAGCGCAGGGUUCCUACACGCUCCCAAAGACUGAAAGUAUUGAAUUAGCUUUUAAAGUGAAAAAGUGAGGAGCAAAAUGAGUAUCUGUGUUUCAUUUGCCAGACAAUGAGAAUAUGAUUUUGUAAUGACUUGCUCAAAGAAAGUAGAACAAAUUAGAGAUGUAUGAAAGUAGUCGUAUGCCCUCACAACUCAUUUUAUUUUUAAUUUUUAGAGUUUACAAGCUAUCUCCUAUUUUUGUUAGGUUAAAUAAUUUUCCUGUGAUAAGAACCAACUGCUAACAUGACUGUUCUAAUUUCAAAGUCGACAAACUUAUCUAUUGUUUCAGAAAAUUCUACUUUUAAUAUAUCAUGGUGUUUUAGUGUUUUCCGAUACUGUAAUAAUAUCUCAUUGUUUCCAGAUGAAGCACAAAAAUGAUCUGAAUAACCCAUUAAGAUAGAGAUAAACGUAUUGUUACAAAAUGAGGAGAUGUUAUCUUGAGAAAAAGAGGUGGUUUACUUGAAAAACUAACAAAAAUACCAACCUCAUCAUCUCAGUAAUAUUUUUAUAACAUUAGAAAACUAGCACCCUUGUGAGAAAUGAAAAACUUGCUGACACAAAGUUAAUAUUUAUUUAUCUCAAUAUUUUGAGAUAAUAAAACAUCACUGUCAAAAACAAACUCGGUAUUCCAGUUUUGAUUUUGUUGUUCUAAUGGAACAAAACCAUCUUGGGGUCCUGUUACUUCAAAGUAAUGAGAAGUUAAUGGUAACACUACAAGUUUGAGAUAACAACUUGAGAUAACUCAUCUGUCAAAAUCGAAACUUAUAGUUUCACUGCAAAAAAAGUUUGGAGUUUGUUGCAUCAGAGUCAGAUAAGAUAGAUAGAUAAAAGAUAUUUUGGGCUACUAGAGUGAUUAUGCUUCAGUAUUGCCGAUAUUAAACGUCAAAUUGGAAAAAAGAAGACGGGUAGUAAAUCACAUUAAACUUUUAGACCCAACUGUCUGACCGGAUCUGGAAACUGAGAUAUUUGAUAAUCUGACUCGAGUUUUAAAGUGGAAGAAUGUGUAGGAACCCUGUCUGUCUGGACUCUGGAAUAACAAUGUCAUCCUGCUUUAUGCCAAAUUCAGUAAAUGAUGUUGUGAUCAUCAGAUGAGUCAAGUCAUCCAGAAUAAAAUAGCAGAGCAACUAAAACAAGAAUCUGGGAGAAAUGGCUUGAAAACACUGGUCCCAUAUGUGAAAAAUCUCAUCAGUUCUGCUUGUAGUAGAGCAUUAAGAUGAUGGGAUGUUGACUGAAUUCAAGUAAACUUCCAGGCUGAAUCAAAAAGAAUAAAACUAAUUCAGGUAUCACUAUGCAGGGAAAAAUUCAAUGUUUAUUUUUUUAUCAUUUAGGAUUUUUCCAGAGAGAAACCAUCUAAACAUUCUUGUAAGUCUUUAUAAAUACCAGAAGCAUUACUCCUACUUCAUACCACUAAGAAACCUCCUGGUUUCUGCUUAUUUCAUGUAACUGCCACGCAGGGUGAUGCACUAAGCCUGGAACUGUAGCAUUCCCCUCUAACAGUUUUAAGCUCAAACACUGUGCCCAUUGCUUGAGACCGUAUUCUGUAACAGCUGCAGCGUAGCCGCCUCAAACAUUCCUCCUCGGUAAACAUGGGUGGGGCUUGCAGCUUCUCCCAAGGGAUCGUUCUAUGAAAUUCGUGUUUUUUUAUUUUAUUUUUUUUUUCCUGCAGGAAUUCUGUACACAAGCCAUAGAACACACCGAAACUCCUGAUGCCUCCUUUGCAAAGAAUAAAAAUAUUUUUUAAAUAACAAACAGGAGUG